AUGUCAGACGAUAUCUACCAAGCAAACGCCCCAGGAUCAACCGAGGUCCCAUCCCAGGCUGAUGCCCGGGUUCUGAAGAAGCAGGACCAGCCAGAUCAUCGGCAGCAACAAGACCAAGAACAUCCUCAGGGACAGAACCAGCAGAAGCAACAGAGUCGCCAGACCAAUGGCGUGACCUCACUGCGCACAACGCCCUUCACUACGUCGACUGCGAACGGUCGUCCACGAACGGCCACAGACACGGCCGAGAUCGAUGAGACGCUGAGCCACCCAGGGUCCGUCCGCAUCAACGUCAAGGGCGCCUUCAUCGUCGACCAGGAUGCCGGCACCCCCACAACGCCGACCGGCUCCCGUAGUGGGUCGCCCGGUCAUCAGACAAAGGACAUCCGACUGCCGAAUCAUACCGCCGUUGUCAGCCAUAUCGCUGUUGAUAUCGGUGGCACCCUUGCCAAGCUUGUCUACUUCUCCCGCGAACCGCACUCGGCCGAGCCCGGUGGCCGGCUCAACUUCAUCAGCUUCGAGACCGAUCGCAUCGACGAAUGCAUCGAAUUUAUGCGCAACCUCAAGCGCAAGCACCAGAGAUUGAAUGGUGGCGGCUCCAACGGCAGGGCUAGCCCUCCUGGCAGCGACCUAUGUGUCAUGGCCACAGGCGGCGGCGCAUACAAGUACUAUGACAAGAUCCGCGACGUACUGGGUGUCGACGUGAUCAGGGAAGAUGAAAUGGAGUGCCUUAUUAUUGGCCUUGAUUUCUUCAUUACCGAGAUCCCUCGGGAGGUCUUUACCUAUUCUGAGGCCAACCCGAUGCAUUUUGUCGAGCCGUCCGAGAAUCCCUACCCAUACUUGCUUGUCAAUAUCGGCUCCGGAGUGUCAUUCCUCAAGGUUUCAGGCCCGCGCGAGUAUCAGCGUGUGGGCGGCACCUCCUUGGGCGGCGGCACGCUCUGGGGCCUGCUCGGCCUGCUGACUGGAGCGCGUACUUUUGAUGAAAUGCUCGAGCUUGCUUCCAAAGGAGACAAUUCCAAAGUAGACAUGCUCGUUGGCGACAUCUACGGCACCGACUACAGCAAGAUUGGCCUUAAGAGCACGACCAUUGCAAGCUCCUUUGGUAAGAUCGCUAGGAUGAAGCGUCUGGCGGAGCGUGAGGCCGAAGAUAGUGGCGGCCUGCGCCACAGAGACCUGCACCAUCCUCAUUUCGAGAAGUCUGAUAACGAACAACUUCUAGAUUCCCAGCAUCAUCAGCCUGACCGCAGCCGACCUUACUCUGCUGCCGAUAUUUCGGUGGCCCUCCUCUAUGCGAUCUCUAACAACAUCGGUCAGAUCGCGUUCCUCCAGUCCCAGAUCCACAACCUCAACCACAUUUACUUCGGCGGCUCCUUCAUCCGCGGACAUCCCCAGACGAUGAACACCCUUAGCUACGCCAUCAAGUUUUGGUCGAAGGGUGCAAAACAGGCGUACUUCCUGCGUCAUGAAGGGUACUUGGGGGCUGUCGGUGCGUUCCUAAAGCGGCAGCCCGAGAACUGGGGAAGGAGAGGCAGUUUCGAAGCAGCAGCGAGCAAGGAUGCCCUUGAAGCCUUUAGGGCUGCUAGGGCCAAGACGAGAGAGACUGGUCCAGCGACAGCUGCAGUUACAUCAGGGGCUUCUGGGUCUGCAUUGAACGGGGGAUCGAAUGGGCCAACAAACUAA